GUUAAGUUGCAGCAGCUUUUUAGUAUGUAGUGACUAACUUGACAUAAUACGUUAUAGAAUUUUGCUAUUUUUUUUAUUACGAAUUUCGUUUUUACAUGUUAUUUUGCAUAAGUAAGGCAGUAAGCUAUUACCUAGUAAUAAUAAAUGAGUUGGCGAAUAGUUUGUUUUAACUUUUUGAACAACUUUUAUUCAACUGUUUAAUAAUAUAAUGUAGGUAACUAUAGUUUACCUUUUUCAACAACAGCUAGCCUAUUUUCAAUUAGUUCCCUACAUUUCGACUGGACUAGGUUUUUGUGCGCUAUGGAUAUUCCUAGCCAAAAACAGUCAUUGGAAGACGACCUCGUAUCAGAACUUCACUUCGAAACAGAAAAAAGAAAAUAUGAUUGGGUGUCGAAUGCUGAGGGCAUCUCAUGGGAGAGCUUCAGCGCCACAUUCCCAAAGCACAGAUUGUGGUUCUACACUCUGCUUGACAUCUCCCUGGAUGAUGGGACUGGCUGGCAGCAACUUGCACAGAAUUUUGGCUUGAAUGCUGAUCAAAUAAAGUGGUGCAGCAAGUAUUGUGGUCCUGCUGGGCCCACUGCUGCUGUCUUCUCCAAGUUACAGCAGCAGAAGUUAACAGAUGAUGGCAUCCCUCUGUACCAUCUCCUUAAGCAUCUCAUCAGCUUAGGGCGUCAUGACCUGCUAUCCAGGAUACCGUGGCAACAAUGCAUUGAUCAGCUAAAAGAAGAAGCUUGUAAGCUCCAAGCUGUUUCACAUAACCUGGCUUUGAACGAAAGGGAUGAGGUUGAGUGCAAAGAUGCAAAUGUAGUAUCCUUCAGUGCCUCCUUUACACCUAGUCAAAUAACAAGUCCUAAGAAAAAGACCACACCAUAUGCUUGUAGCAUCUUGAUGAUCUAUGCCAAUGACUCCAGCGAAUUUGCUACUAAGUUGUACGGUCAGUUGCGUUCUAGCAAUGGUCGAGGGCGCAUUGGAGUCCUUGUGCUGCAGGAACAGCAGCACCUCCUCAUGCAAGAUCCUAACUCGCUCCUGUACAAAUGGUUCACUCAGGUCGACUACAUAGUGCCUGUUCUAUCACCUGACCUAUUGAGCCAAAUAUCAGGAUGGUCUGCUGCAUCAGAGACGUCCGCCUCUGCUCACGGCCACGUCACUGCGCUGCUCAACCGCUAUGUUUACCGCCUGACUCUCGACCAAUACGUUGCCUUGGCAUCCAGAAACAAGCGAUGCAGACCAGUUGUUUCUGCUACUCAUAGUCGAGAGGUGUGCAGUACCGAGUUGGUGAGGACACAAGGGCUGCUGCAGGUGGUGACGGUGUGUGACGACUACGACUCUUCAGGUGCCGUCAAUAACAGCGUCGAGAAGUUUGCUCAUCUCCUCUUGAAGACUCAUGCCAUCUCGUCUUGAAAUCUUCUACUGACCUAAGCUGUCAUACUUAGUGUCACUUACAGACCUAAGCUGUGUUCCCUGAUAUCUCCUACAGACCUUACCCGUCUUACCAAGGUGUUGCUUGCAGACAUAAGCUGUCUUGGUUUGAUAUCUCCUACCGACCAUAGCCGUCUUGCCUUGGUGGCGCUUGAAGACCAACACUGUGUUACUUGCCUCUUGGUAUCACCUGCAUACCUAUGCCGUCUUGCCUUGAUAAUUUUUAUAGUCAUACUUAUUCUAUGGCCGUUGGCCAUAUUGACAUUUACUUUUGUAUUUAAAUAUUAAUUUCCUUCUUUCACAUUGAAUGGAAUGGAAAUGAAAGUAUGAAAUUAUAAGCAAUAUUAAUUGUAUGAAAUUUUGCAUAUUGAAAUGGAAAAUCGCCGUCACUGCGUGCAUUGUUUGUGGUAACUAUUUAGAUAUUUUUCGAAAUUACUUUUGUAAAUAUGGAUUUAAGUGAUACCACUAUACUUUGUUAUUAGCUGGUUAAUGACAGCUUGAGUCAAUAACCGAGAUUUUAUCAAGUUACUAAUAGUGCUUGGUGAGAGAUGAUUGCUGAUUUAAUAAUUAAAUAAAAACAGACAAGAGCUUAAUUAAUUUUACUAGGUCUAGUCUUUUAUUUUCACAUCGUCUUCUAACUGUCACAGCGUAGUAUGGGGUGGUUAUAUGAAUGGUAUGAUAGGGGUGAUGCUGAUGAUGGUUUUCAUCAUAGCGCAUCACAAUGAUGAUGACAACGGAAGGUAGCUUACAUCAUCACUUUUAAUGCCUCUUGCAAUCUCUCUGGUGAAUAGUUCAGUGUAUGUGCAAUGACUUGAAGAGUACAUUUAAAUGUGUAUAUUAUUAGCAUUAAGUAGUGAAUAUAUCUUCGGUAAGAAUUUCUUCGUCGCACUUUGAGUGCUGAGUGGUGUUUAUCCUACUUCGCGUUCAUGAAAUAUUUUUUGUGUGGGUUGUUAAAGUUCAUACAAUGAGGCCUUAUGUCUUGAUACAUGAAUAUCUUGUUAUUGAAAAUAUAUAUUUAUUCUUUAUAUGUUUUAUAUCUAGUUGUGUUGGAGUUUAUUAUCAUUUGGCAGAGUGUGCAAUAUCUAUGAUACUAUCUAAUUUUUAAUAAAUAUAAUGAAAACUUUGAAAAGAUA